GAGGCAGCGCGCACCAGAAGCAUAUAACCCUGUCAUUUUCGAUUUCCGAGCAAACCAAAACACACCCCCCUCCCUCCCUCUCUCUCUCAUCCCUCCAUUUUCUCUCUCUAGAAACUUGUUCUUCUCCUGAACAACUGAGAAAACAUGUUUAGGGUUUCCCUUCCCCUCAUCUCUUUGCUUCCUUCUUCUUCACACCAACAAACCAAAGAAAGAGAGCCUUAGCCAGCUUACUUUCUUCCAAGUUUUCAACAAUCUUUAUCUUCAUUUUCUCAGUUUUGUUGUUUUUGUAAUUUUUUUUUUCAAUUUAUGGAAAACACAUAGUUGUGUAGAAACAGAGUGAGUGAAGCACAUCUUGCUUUUUCUUUUGAUUUUUCCAAAGAAUUUGAAAUUUGAUUUUGGGUACUCCAAAAAAAAAAAAAAAAAAAUAGCAUUGUGAAGUCAGUGAAUAUUUUGAGGAAAAAACCUUGAAGUUUUGUCUGUAUAUUAGUCAUAUAUUACUUUCCCUUUUCCAAAAUUUGGAUGUAUGAACUGAAAAUCCUCCAAAAAGCAAAGGCUUCUCCUUCUUUUCUGUGUAAUUUGUCUCUUUAAUUCCUCAUUUUUUUCCUUUACCACCUCUUCCUUAUCACAAGUCACAGUUUCUAUACUUGUUUUUUGGUAUAAAAAUGGCUAUGGUUGUUCAACAUCAACAGCAGAGAGAGACCAGCAGUAGCAGCAGCAGCAUGAAGCAACAACAACACCAACACCAGUUGGAUAAUGGGAAAUAUGUAAGAUACACUGCUGAACAGGUUGAAGCUUUAGAAAGGGUUUAUGCAGAGUGCCCUAAACCAAGUUCUUUAAAGAGGCAACAGUUGAUCAGAGAAUGCCCUAUUUUGUCCAACAUAGAACCUAAACAAAUCAAAGUCUGGUUUCAGAAUCGCAGAUGCCGAGAGAAACAGAGAAAAGAAGCUUCUAGACUCCAAAUGGUGAAUCGAAAAUUAUCCGCCAUGAACAAGUUGUUGAUGGAGGAGAAUGAUCGCCUGCAGAAACAGGUGUCUCAGCUUGUAUAUGAAAAUGGGUAUAUGCGCCAACAGUUGCACACUGCUUCAGCUGUAACCGAUGCGAGCUGUGAAUCUGCGGUUACCACCCCCCAGCAUUCUCUUCGAGAUGCUAAUAACCCAGCUGGACUCCUCUCGAUUGCGGAGGAAACUUUGACAGAGUUCCUUUCAAAGGCUACAGGAACUGCUGUUGAUUGGGUCCAGAUGCCUGGGAUGAAGCCUGGUCCGGAUUCGGUUGGUAUCUUUGCCAUUUCACAAAGUUGCAGUGGAGUGGCAGCUAGAGCCUGCGGUCUUGUAAGUUUAGAGCCCACAAAGAUUGUGGAGAUCCUUAAAGAUCGUACAUCUUGGUUUCGAGACUGCCGGAAUCUUGAAGUUUUGACGAUGUUACCUGCCGGAAACGGUGGAACUAUUGAACUUGUUUAUACGCAGGUCUAUGCUCCAACCACACUGGCUCCAGCACGGGAUUUCUGGACUCUCAGAUACACUACAAGUUUAGAAAACGGUAGUCUUGUGGUGUGUGAGAGGUCCCUUUCGGGCUCUGGUGGUGGCCCAAAUGCUGCAGCUGCGGCCCAAUUUGUAAGGGGAGAAAUGCUUCCCAGUGGCUACCUGAUUAGACCAUGUGAUGGUGGGGGGUCAAUUAUUCACAUAGUUGACCACCUUAACUUCGAGCCGUGGAGUGCUCCCGAGGUUAUUCGUCCACUUUAUGAAUCUUCUAAAGUCGUAGCACAGAAGAUGACCAUUGCGGCCUUACGUUAUAUUAGGCAAAUAGCCCAAGAGUCGAGUGGAGAAGUUGUUUAUGGACUCGGAAGACAGCCUGCGAUUUUGCGUACCUUAAGUCAACGAUUAAGCAGAGGAUUCAAUGAUGCUAUUAAUGGAUUUAAUGACGACGGGUGGUCGUUGAUGAACUGCGAUGGUGCUGAAGAUGUGAUAGUCUCCAUUAAUUCGACGAAAAAUAUCGGCAACUCGACUAAUUCAUCGAACCCCCUCUCGUUUCUUGGAGGAGUUCUUUGUGCAAAGGCCUCGAUGCUGUUUCACAAUGUACCCCCGGCUGUGUUGGUCCGGUUUCUACGAGAGCAUCGAUCAGAAUGGGCCGAUUUUAAUGUUGAUGCUUACUCAGCUGCUUCGGUAAAAGCUAGCCCAUAUGGAUAUCAAGGCACACGGCCCACGAGGUUUACAGGUAGCCAGAUCAUCAUGCCACUUGGCCAGACAAUUGAACAUGAAGAGAUGCUUGAAGUUAUUAGACUCGAAGGUCAUGCAGUUGGUCAAGAAGAUCCUUUUGUGUCGAGGGACAUUCAUCUCUUACAGUUAUGCAGCGGAAUCGAUGAGAAUGCAGUGGGAGCUUGUUCGGAACUUGUUUUUGCUCCAAUUGAUGAGAUGUUUCCAGAUGACGCGCCUCUUAUACCAUCUGGUUUCCGAAUCAUUCCUUUGGAUCCUAAAUCAGGUGACCCGAAGGAUGCGAUAGGAACAACACACCGCACCCUUGACUUGACUUCAAGUCUCGAGGUAGGCCAGUCAACAAACCACGGUCCAUCAGAUAGCAUGAGAUCGGUCUUGACCAUCGCGUUCCAGUUCCCUUUUGAGAAUAAUCUAGCUGAUAGUGUGGCAACCAUGGCUCGACAGUACGUUCGUAGUGUGAUCAACUCGGUUCAGAGGGUUGCCAUGGCUAUAUCCCCUUCUGGCUUGAGCCCGUCAGUCGCCCCUAAGCUGUCUCCUAGCUCACCUGAAGCACUCACUCUUGCUCAGUGGAUCUGCCAUAGCUACACUUACUAUCUAGGGACGGAGUUGCUAACUUCCGGUUCGGUUGUUGGUGACUCGUUAUUAAAAGAUCUUUGGCAGCAUCAAGAUGCCACUUUGUGCUGCUCUUUAAAGUCGCUUCCGGUUUUCAUUUUCGCCAACCAGGCAGGGCUCGACAUGCUGGAAACGACCCUGGUGGCGUUACAAGACAUCACACUAGACAAAAUGUUCGAUGAAGCGGGUCGGAAAGCCCUGUUUCCAGAAUUCGCAAAGAUAAUGCAGGAGGGUUAUGCGUAUUUGCCGGGUGGGAUUUGCAUGUCAACAAUGGGACGUCACAUUUCGUAUGAACAAGCGAUCGCUUGGAAGGUACUUGCUGGGGACGAGACGACGGUGCAUUGCCUUGCUUUCUCGUUCGUGAACUGGUCGUUUGUGUGAGGGUGGGUAGUUAAUGUAUGAGACAACUACGGGCGGGUAGUGUUUGGAGCUCCCGAUUUUGGUAUGUAAAAAUGUGUUAUGUUAAAUCGGUGGAGUGAUGUUCAAGUGAUGGUAUGAAUUGGAGAUUUGUUUAAUUUAAUGUGGUGUUUAGUUUGAUUUCGUAACGGUGUAUUGGGAAUGGGCUGUAAUUUGGGGUUGGACCAACUUAAUCCAUGCAUAAAUAUUAGGAUGAA